AUGUCCUCGAAUUAUAGAGAUCGGUACGGCAGUAAGAGGCCUAGGUCUCGCUCACCAGCUCCAUAUGCACCCCCCGAUAAACAGCGACAUGUCGAUAACCGGUAUUCAUCUGCCACUCGGAGUAGGGAUCAAGGGAGUGCAAAUCGAGGUGCUUGGAACAUGAAAGAGCAAACUCGACUUAAUCAACUACAAGAAGAUGAAAAAAUGCGUGAAUGGGUUGCCCAGGAAGACACGUUUGUGCUCAGGCAGGCGAAGAAGAAGGCUGAAUUACGAGUGAAAGAUGGACGCGCCAAACCUAUCGACUGGCUCACGAUUACUCUUCGUGUCAUUGACCCGACUCGGAACCCUUUAGACGAUGAAAUUGCGGACUCAGAACUAGAUUUAGUGGAGCCCGAGGGAGUUUUUGAAGGGUUAUCAAAUGCACAGCUGCUAAGCCUUGAGAAGGACAUUGAUACUUUUUUAUCUCUUGAAACUAGUGCCGAUAAUCGUGAUUACUGGAAGACUAUGAAAGUGAUCUGUCAGGACCAAAUCCGAAAGGCGGAAUCUUCUGCGCCAGAAAAGCGUGCAGUUACUUCGGUCGCUGCUGAUAUCGAUAGACUACUUAGCCCAAAGACAUAUGACGAGCUCCUUACACUAGAAAAGCAAAUACGCCGGAAGUUAGAUUCUAACGAGCCGGUUGACACCGAUUAUUGGGAACAACUCCUAAAGAGCCUUUCGGUAUGGAAAGCGCGUGCGAAAUUGAAGCGAGUUUAUAGUGCCGUUAUUAAAAACCGCGUCGAUGAGCUGCGGAAGCAACAGCAGGAAGAGGCUGAGAGUGUUCGGAAAAAGCUCGCGCCUCUAGCCCCAUGUAAGAAUGUUGGAUCGUCGCAGCAAGAGCUUGAACAGGUGGCACUACUCGAUCCCGAACCUCUUCUUCAACUCCGGAGCCAAGACAAGAAUUUAGAGGUUAUGGAUGAGGAAGAGUUGCUAAGCCAUAUAGCCCAAGAAAGGAUGAAAAUAAUGAAAAUGGGAUUUGUCCCGUUGCGCAAUCGCCCGACUGAGAAACAAGUUGCUGCAUCCAUGGUUACAUCGGAAUCUUCCACUAUCACGUCUUCUGCCCCACGCUUUCUCCCAACGACGAACGAUGAUUUCUCCCAGGCCACAAAAGCCUUGUAUGAAAGAGAGGUGGCACGGGGCAUUAGUGAAAACGAGGAGAUAUUUGCCGGAGAAGAGACCAUCAGCACAUCUAAACCAGCUUGGGCGAAUAAGUACAGACCGCGCAAGCCACGAUACUUCAACCGUGUGCAGAUGGGAUAUGAAUGGAACAAAUACAACCAAACCCACUAUGACUACGAUGAUCCUCCUCCAAAGGUUGUGCAGGGGUACAAAUUCAACAUCUUCUAUCCGGAUCUUAUUGAUAAGGCAAAAGCUCCAACCUAUCGCAUCGAAAGAGAGCAUGGCAGGAAAAGAGGGCAAUCUUUUGCACCUGCCGGGGAGGAAGACACAUGUCUGCUUCGCUUCAUUGCCGGCCCACCUUACGAAGAUUUGGCCUUCCGUAUUGUAGACAAGGAAUGGGACUACAGUGCAAAGCGAGAACGGGGGUUUAGGAGCACGUUUGACAAAGGUAUCUUGCAGCUUCAUUUCCAAUUUAAGAAGAUAUACUAUCGUAAGUGA